AUGAUGGAGGCAUGCGCAACAGUUAGUCCUCGUGAUAGGUCACAUCGAUCUAUUUUCGCCCACACCAUUGCUUAUAACAAUACCAGCAGUACUAAAGACGAGUCUGCAGCUGAAGUCUGUGCGGAUAUGACCAGAGUACCCUCAGACUCAAUUCAUCAAAUUCAUGGACACAGUGGCUACUCCUAUUCGAAUUUGCCUUCAGAGCUUAUUCUUCUCAUUUUCAAGUUCUUACUGACAGCACGCGAUCUGCGCUCCGCAGUCCUAGUCUGCAAGCUGUGGUGCAGCUGUGGGAUGGAUCUACUUUGGUCAAAGCCCUCACUUCCUACUUUGGCCGCUGCUGAAAAGAUGAUUCACACCCUGUGUCUUCCUAGCACCAUUUUCCCCUAUGCGGAUUACAUCCGUCGACUCAACCUAGCCUUUCUAUCUUCGGAUGUUACAGACUCCAUGUUGGAGUGUUUUGCAUCAUGUUCACGACUUGAGAGAUUGCUACUUGCGGGUAGUGUCCAAAUCUCUUCAGAUGGCCUAAAUAAGGUCUUAUCUAGGUGCUCCCCAGUAUUGUUUUCACUCGAUUUGUCCGAAAUCCCUGCUGUAACAGAUACGCUUGUUGAGAGUGUCGCAGCAGGAUGUCCAAAACUACAGACACUAUAUCUUGGUUCAUGUUCAGCUAUCACAGACGAGUCAAUUGUCAAGUUGGCAAAGAAGUGUCCACAACUUAAACGGAUAAAACUGAGCCAUUGCAGUCAAUUGACAGAUCGAUCAAUCGCAGCAUUGACCCAGUUCUGCCCACAACUAACCGAGAUGGAUGUGACCAACUGCAAUCUAGUUUCGAGUGAUGCUAUUCAGUCUGUGUUUGGGAAUCUCCCUCAAAUCCGCGAUAUCAACAUGACGCUUCUUGUCAACCUCACAAACGCUGCUUUUGCAUCAAUUCAUCCUUCUACGCACCGGUUUGAACAGCUUCGUGUCCUCAACUUGACUUCAUGUGCGCUCAUUACAGAUGAUACUUUGCUCAGGAUCAUUCCAGCGACACCUAGGUUAAGGAGCUUGGCUCUUACAAAAUGCGACAAGAUCACAGAUAUAGGAGCAAGCGUGAUCAAGACGCUUGGGAAGCAUCUACAUUACCUCCAUCUGGGUCAUUGUGCAAAGAUCACAGAUCGACUAGUUGCUACCAUUGCUCAACAUUGCACUCGAAUCCGCUAUCUGGAUCUUGCUUGCUGUUCGAAACUUACAGAUGCUGCAGUGUUUGCCUUGGCACAAUUACCCAAAUUGCGUAGGAUUGGACUGGUCAAAUGCUCCAAUAUCACAGAUCACGGUAUCUAUGCCAUGUUGGUCUCUCAGAUUCUGCCUCAGACACUGGAAAGGGUCCACUUGUCUUAUUGUGUCCAUCUGUCUGAAAGCGCAGUGGCAGCUCUUGUCAGCCAGUGUUCUAAAAUGACCCACCUGUCCCUCACGGGCGUGCCUGCAUUUAUCUCGCCUUGUUAUCAACAGUUCUGUAGAGCGCCACCACCGGAGUUUACGGCCCAUCAACGAGAAGUCUUUUGCGUGUUUUCGGGGAAGGGUGUACGGGAACUGAGGAAUCAUAUGCAGGAGAACCCACCGGCCAUCCCAUCAUCUACAAGCAUGGCAAGUAUUCGUGCCAGUUAUCGUAGAAUCAGCUCCUCAGUUGCAUCAAUGAUUGCCGGAUCUGAUAGAUCUGUUUCUAUGGCGGAGGAGGAUGGCAUGAGUGAAGAGCUUCAAGAACAGACGAACGAGCAUGAGCAGGAGAGUCUAUUAGUCCAGAUUGGAUCUGGUUUGCUGGCAACUAGCGCUGGAAUGAUCGUGUUGCCUGGGACAGCAAUAGCGCCAGCCUUAACAAAUGGGCAAGCACCGACGUUUAACCAGAGCCAUCAUGGUCAACAGAGCACAAAUGACAUGAUGGAUGUGGUAAUGGAGGUGGAUUAUUCACUGUCAACCUCGUUAUCAUUACAGGGAGCGGUAGUAACUGAGGCGUCCGAAGUAUUUCUGGAUAACUCAUCAUCAGCCCAACAAAAUACCACAGGUGGACAGUAUCCUUUUCGAAGUAAUCAUCAGAUUUUGUCCAUCACACCAACUAGCGCCAAUGCGUUUCCUAUUCUACAGCAUCCCCAUCAUCGUCAUCAUGAUCACCUGCACGAUCACCUUGAUCGUGAAAGCGUGGUUUUGCAUCGGUCAAGCAUGGAAGUGGAUGAAAACCACUCUAGAACGUCCGCAUCGAUAAUGGUGAUCACAGCCAGAGCUCCAAGCCCAAGUAUCUUGGCGCGGUCAUUGAACCGUGAGGGAGAAGGCAGUGGCGCAGGCAGUGCCAGCCCAGUAGAAGAAGAAGAAGAAGGUUUAGAUGACGAAGAUGAAGACUUUUAA